AUAUGAGGAUAUUGAAGUUAAUCAAAAUGUACAAGAUAGUUCAGCUUCAACCGACCAAGAUUUAUCUAAUCUAAAUUCGGAAAUAGAUGAAGCAACAACUUAUACUCCUUUAAAAAUCUUACAAACUAUUAAUGAAUAUAAUACUCGGUGGGGGUCUUCUUUGGCUUCUUGGAAACGCUUAAAAGAAUUAAAAGGUCCUAUACAACACGUUAUUUUUAAACUUUCAUUAGAAACUAGUAAAGAAGCAAAAAAAGAUUAUGAAAUAUUAAAAAAGCGAUUCUUAAAAUAUUGGGAAUGGGACCUGCUCGAUCAUUUAAUUGAUCUUUUUAAACCAAUUGAAGAAGCAACAGAGUGGCUUGGUGGCCAAAAGUACUGCACAUUAUCACUAAUAUAUCCUACUAUUCAAGCUUUAAAAUAUGAUUAUGUAGAGGAGACUGAGAAAACUGAUAGUAGUAUUAAUAGACCGAAUUUUACUAAAACUAUUAAUUUGGUCAAGAAUGCAAUUUAUGAUGCUCUUUAUAAUUAUUUUGAUUCUCCACCGAAUUCAGUUUUACUUGCAAGUAUUUUAGACCCUAGGUUCAAAAAAAUGAAAAGAUGGCCAGAAGAAGAAAAAGAAAGAACAAUCACUUUAUUAAGAUCAGAAUACACUCUUUUUAAAAAUGAUGAACUUCUAAAUAGAGAGUCUGGGAAUAAAAAUAGAUAUCAUUUUAAAGAGCCUAAAGAAAAAACAAUUAGCAAUUUUAAAUCACGUCUGUUUGAAGAAGAAGAAGAGGAGAUUAAUGAUGAUGAUGAAAUUGAUUGUUAUCUUUGA